CACAACCACUAAAGAUUUGCUUCUUUCUAACCUCACAGUACCCACGCGAAAAAGAUGGGCAUCCAACAUGUGAUGGUUUUGCCAUUUCCUGCUCAAGGCCAUGUGAAUCCCCUAAUGAGCUUCUCUAAGAGACUAGCUCAACAUGGCUUCAAAGUCACCUUUGUGAACACAGAUUUCAUCCACAAGAGGGUGGUGAGUGCAACAAAUGAGGAGGUGAACCUCCAGGAGUCACCAGUGAAACUAAUCUCAGUGCCUGAUGGCCUAGGCCCUCAACAUGACAGAAAUGACCUUGCUAGUUUGGUUUUGGCAAUCUUGAGAACCAUGCCUUCAGCCAUUGAAAACCUCAUAAGGGAUAUGAAUGGAGGUAGUGACAAAAUCACUGCCAUAGUUGCUGAUCUCAACAUGGCAUGGGCCAUGGACGUUGCAGAUAAGUUGGGACUCAAAGCUGCUGUCUUCUGCCCUUCUUCAGCAGCUGUUUUUGCCUUGCAAAACGACAUUCCUAAGCUCAUUCAAGAUGGAGUAUUGGAUAAUACUGGAUUCCCAAUUAUAAAAGGGGAAUUUCAACUAUCCCCAGCAAUGCCAAUCAUGAACUCAGCUGACAUUCCAUGGUGCUGCAUAGGCGACACAACCGUGCAGAAGACCAUAUAUGACUACAUUGCAAAAUUUAUGGACUAUGUACACUUGACAGAUUGGUGGCUUUGCAACACCACUAGUGAACUUGAACAUGGGGCACUAUCUUUAUCUCCAAAGAUCCUUCCAGUUGGUCCAGUUCUCAUGGAGAGUCGUAAUGAGUUUAGAUCAGUGGGACAAUUCUGGGAAGAAGACCUCUCUUGCUUGAAAUGGCUUGAUCAACAACCACCUUCUUCGGUCAUAUACAUUGCCUUUGGUAGCUUCACAAUUUUUGACUCUAUUCAACUCAAGGAACUAGCACUUGGACUUGACCUCACAAACAAGCCUUUUCUUUGGGUUGUGCGUGAGGAUGCUAGUGGCAGCACAAAAAUCACAUACCCUGAUGAAUUCAGAGGCACUCGUGGCAAAAUUGUAAAAUGGGCACCUCAGCAAAAGGUGUUAGGCCACCCUGCUAUAGCUUGUUUUGUUAGCCACUGUGGUUGGAACUCUACUAUGGAAGGUGUGGCCAAUGGGGUACCCUUCUUGUGUUGGCCUUAUUUUGCUGACCAGCUAUUUGACAAGGCUUAUAUUUGUGAUGUGUGGAAGGUGGGGUUGGGGUUUGACACUGAUGAUAAAGGGGUGAUAUCACGUUGGGAGAUAAAGAAGAAAGUGGACCAACUCUUUGGAGAUCAGAACAUGAGGAGAAGGUCUCAAAAACUGAAGGAGAUGGUGGUGCGUAACAUGGCAGCAGGAGGAAAAUCUUAUGAGAAUUUAACCAAGUUUGUGGAGUGGCUCCGAAAGUGAAAAUGUUCUUGUUCACUUCAUAAUAAGAUAUUAGUGGCGUUCCCACGCAAUAUUGAACAUUUAAAUAAAUUAAGCUAUACAUGAUGUAAUUGUAGACAAGAUCAACCCUUCUUAUAUGGAUUUGUUCUAUGAUUUAUUUUAUUUGUG